AGAUAGAUUAUACAUAAUUAGUUUUAAAUAAUUCGUGCUAUAAAUAUGAAACUAUAAGAGCCCAGUCUAAGCUAAAAGAAAUUGUGGACUACUAGUGCAGCGGUGUAAAUUAUCGCGGAUUUGAACAAAAACGCAGUUAGGGCGGAUGCAAAAUGUUUAUAGAUUUUUGCAAUUGUGUCCGUUGAGGAGGAAUAUGUAAACUAAACGCGCCGCGAAUAACAACAGCGACAAGAACAACAACAACAGCAGCAGCAGCAAAUACAAUUCAUUCUUAUUGGAACGACGUCAGUACCAAAAAGAGAAAUUUAGGAGUCUAGAACGAGCAAAUAUCAAAUUGAAUUGAUGUGUGGCAACGACACCGUAGAGUGCCUAUGUUACAUUGCUUUAACAUCAUCAUUCGUUCGCAUUAGAUACUCAACACAAGAACAAUAACAACAGCAACAUCUGACGUUGGAAGCGAAUGUGUUGCCUACCGAAAAACAAGGACUGCCAUUACGUUAGUCAAUAGUCAACAGCCUCAAGCCAAAGCCGCAAGCAUAGACUUGUGUACUAGAUUAACACUCGCAAAUAAAUACAUCUCCUUCAGAGUCAUCAAGGAUAUAACAAACGACAACGGCGUUAAUUAACGUUACAGUUGCUGCAGCCACAAGGCGCCGUCAUAACAAUGACUUUCGAUACGCGUCGGCAGGGCACAGGCACAUCACCAGCCACAACCAACAAUAGCAGUAGCUCUACCCAAGGCGCUGGCACUGGAGCAGGAGCAGGAGCAGGCACAGCAGCUGUCACCACAACACCAGCCGCAGCAGCAGCAACAACAACAACAACGUCAACAACAUCAACAACAACAAAUAUGUCCAGUGGUGGCGACACGAGCAACAGCAACACGAACAGCAUGGAGCAGCUUGCAGACGGUGGAGCUACUGGAGGAGGAAUUGCUGCCAGCGCUCUAGAUAACAACGUUACAGUAGUGUCGCCAGAGAAGCUAAUAUCGUCUUUUCCUACCGCAAAGCUGCGCUCCUUAACCCAAAAAAUCUCCAAUCCACGUUGGGUGGUACCUGUGCUGCCCGAACAGGAGCUGGAGACCUUGCUAAAUGCCGCCAUAGAACUGGCCAAAGCCGGUGUUGAUCAUGACUGUGAGCCGUGCGUAGAGUUUUAUCGCAAUGGCCUAACCACAUCCUUUGCUAAGAUACUCACCGAUGAGGCGGUCAACUCGUGGAAAUUUAACAUACAUCACUGCAUACUGGUCUCAUGUGGCAAGCUGUUGCAUUUAAUUGCAAUACACAUGCAACGCGACAAUCCCUAUCUGCUAGAUCUGCUUGCCAUUGUAUUCGAUCCGGAGAAUAAGUUUAACACAUUUAAUAUUGCAAGGCAGCCGGAGUGCUUUGCUGCGCCCGACUUCAUCUGGGGUGUGCUGGACAGCAAUAAAAUGUUUGCAAAGCCGCCGACAGAGCCAAAGAACGCACGUGGCUGGCUGGUGGAUCUCAUCAAUCGCUUUGGCCAGCUGGGCGGCUUUGAUAAUUUGCUAGAACGUUUCAACUGCGGCUUGGAGUUGCUGAAGCGUCAACAGGCAAAUAAGGCGGCUGGUUGUGCAGCACUGGUCAAAGAAGAACCUGCUCCAACGCAGGAUAAUCGACUCACUUUGGCGCUUAUUUACAGUCUGUUGCGACCCUUUGGCCAAUGCUAUGAACUGCUGACGGUAGCCACCAUUGCGAAAUACUUUAUGCCCAUUUGGAAUGUGGUGUUAGAUCUCCUUGACAGCUUCAGUGAUGAGGAACUUAAGCGUGAGGUAAAGCCAGAGGGACGUAAUGACUACAUUAAUGGCAUUGUGAAAUCGGCGCGUUUCUUGGCCAGCCGCUUAACCGGCCAGGAGGAGAUGAUACGUGAUCUGGAAAUGUUUCGUCUUAAAAUGAUAUUGCGUCUACUGCAAGUGUCUAGCUUUAAUGGCAAAAUGAAUGCACUCAACGAGAUCAACAAAGUGCUUUCCUCUGUCACUUACUAUUCACAUCGCUCCCAGCCCUUGACACACUGUCUGCCCGAAGACGACAUGGAUUGGCUAACAGCAGAGCGCAUGGCGCAGUGGAUAAAAUCCUCGGAUGUGCUGGGCAUAGUGCUCAAGGACUCGCUGCAUCAGCCGCAAUAUGUUGAAAAGCUAGAGAAGAUUAUACGCUUUUUAAUUAAGGAACAGUCGCUUACUUUAGACGACUUGGAUGCCGUUUGGCGUGCACAGGCGGGCAAGCAUGAAGCUAUUGUUAAAAAUAUGCACGAUCUGUUGGCAAAACUCGCCUGGGACUUUACACCCGAGCAGCUGGACCAUCUCUUUGAGGCUUUCCAGGCUAGUAUGACGACGGCUAACAAGCGGCAGCGUGAGCGUUUGCUAGAGCUCAUUCGCCGCCUAGCUGAGGAUGAUAAGAACGGUGUGAUGGCACAAAAGGUGUUAAAGCUGUUUUGGACACUGGCCCAUAGCCAGGAGGUGCCGCCCGAGGUGCUCGAUCAAGCGCUGGGUGCACAUGUCAAGAUACUCGAUUACAGCUGCUCCCAAGAGCGUGAUGCACAGAAGACCAUUUGGUUGGACAAGUGUGUUGGUGAACUCAAAGCCGGUGACACGUGGGUGCUGCCGGCACUACGGCUCAUACGUGAUAUUUGUUGUCUGUAUGAUACGACGCCCAAUCAUGCGCAACGAACGCAGACGGGCACAAAUCGUCAGCAGGUGAUAGAGCGCCUGCAGAACGACUAUUCGCUGGUCAUACUGGUGACCAAUAGUCUAACUUCAUAUAUGGAGAAGGUACGUGCCUUGGUAGUGGAAACGCCCAAUGUGGAGGCGUCAAGCAUUUUGAUCGAUGGACGAUUUCCACAUCAGGCGCAGAUUGCUGAGCGUUUGGAGUUUCUUAAGUUUCUGCUUAAGGACGGGCAGCUGUGGCUUUGUGCGGAUCAGGCAAAGCAGAUCUGGCAUUGCCUGGCUGUGAAUGCUGUGUUUGCGGCAGAUCGAGAGGAAUGUUUCCGCUGGUUCGGUAAACUAAUGGGUGAGGAGCCUGAUCUGGAUCCGGGCAUUAACAAGGACUUUUUUGAGAACAACAUUUUGCAACUGGAUCCACAUUUGCUGACGGAGAGCGGCAUCAAGUGCUUUGAACGCUUCUUUAAAGCGGUCAACUCAAAGGAGGAGAAGCUCAAGGCCAUACACCGUGGCUACAUUUUGGAUAAUGAAGAUCUCAUUGGCAAGGACUAUCUGUGGCGUGUGAUUACCACUGGCGGCGAAGAGAUUGCCAACAAGGCUAUCGAUCUGCUUAAGGAGGUGUCCACGGCGUUGGGUCCACGGCUUCAGGAGAACAUUACCGAGUUCCACGAGAUGUUCAUUGGCGAGUGCUGCUCACGUCUGCGCACACACUAUAGCAACAUUUUGGUGCUGGGCAAGACGAUGCUAGAGGAUGCCAGCAAUCAGGACGCGAACAAUGAUAACUCCAAAGACAUGAAAAUGCGCUGCAUUGAGGCUGAAAAAAUGUGCCGUAUUAUCAAGGUGCUGCAGGAGUAUAUUAAGGAGUGUGAUCGUAGCUUCAGUGGCGAUCGCUCCCAUCUGCCUCUCAGUCGCGUUACGCGCGGCAAGAAUACUAGUCUGUAUAUACGUUUCCAAACACCCGGACGACCCAUCGAUGACAUUGAGAUUGUGACGCACAGCAAUGAGACAAUGGCAGCCUUUAAGCGUAAUCUGCUCAAGCGCAUUAAGGGCAACUCCACAACGAAUACCAACAUCAAGGUCGAUCUCUUUUAUACCAAUGGUGAUCUUAUCGAGGUAAACGAUGAGAUCAAUCCGCUGUAUCACUACGCCAUACGCGACAAAAUGAUAUUGACCGCCAAGCUGACGCCUGUAGCUGUGGGCAUUGGGCUGGCCAGCAGUCCCGACUCGUCCAGCGACUCCAGCACCGGCUCGCCGCCCAGACCCUGCCCCGAUAUGCAGCGUGUGGAGUCGGAGAGCACGCUGCCGGGUGUCAUCAUCUCACAGAACUAUCAGUACACUGAAUUCUUCUUAAAGCUUUAUCAACUGGGCAGCGAUCUGGAGCAUGGUCGUCUACGCGACAGCGCCAAAGUGUUGCUACAUUUGUUGCCCUGCGAUCGUCAUACCAUGCGCAUGUUGCAGCUCAUGUGCCGCGUGCCCAAAUCGACAGCUGGCGACGGGCCCAACGAGGAGGAUGCACUAGACAGCAGUGGACAGAAUGUAGCCGAUGUGAUAAAUGCUGAGGACUGCACACCGGAGCAACUGUUUUUGCAGCCCGCACCAGCGCAGGUGCUCUACAAUCUCUCAGUGCUGCAUGGCCUGCUGAUACCCGCGCUGGAGCCGCUUAGUGAGGCAUCGCUGGCAGUGCAAUCCGCCUGGAUGCACUCGGGCUGCGCACACUUUGUGCUUGAGCUGCUCACCAAGAACAAUUUUCUUCCCAGUGCGGACAUGCACACCAAGCGUGCCUCCUUCCAGUGUGUGCUGCGCCUGGCCAAGCUCUUUCUCUAUAUUGUGGGCAGCGUGCUCUCCCGCGUGGGCGACGAGCCCAUGAUCUGUGACUUUGACAAUGGCGCACGCUCUCAGGUGGACAUACUUAAGCAGAACUUCUCGACAGGGCCGAACAGUGCGCAGGGCACACUGCGUGCCAUUUCGGCCAAGCUCGCUGAGAUACUGGCCACCGAGAUGCUAUCCGCUAGCCAGGAAGGUGAACGUUGUCGCGCUCUGUUCAGCUCGACGCUGCAAUGGUCGUGCCCGGAUAUUAGCACAAUUAAGGCGGUGGUGCAACUGGCCUGGGCUUCGUCCUGCGGCAACUUGCAGGUGCUUGGCAGCAGCACGGACUUUGAGGAUGAUGCCAUUGUGCCCGAUGGCCAGGACUUUAGCAUGUGCAAGGAAGCGCUCGAGGUGCUAACAAUCUCGUUUAUACUCAAUCCCAGCGCCAACGAGGCGCUCAGCAACGAUGCUAAUUGGCCCAAAUUCAUUACCUCUAUAGUGCUAAAGAAUCCACUGCGUCAUGUGCGCCAGGUGGCCUCCGAGCAGCUAUUCCUGGCAUCCACCUACUGUGCCGGCGAUCGUCGCCCAUUCGUCUAUAUGGUAAAUCUGCUGGUGAGUGCGCUUAAGACGCUUGUGCCACAGUAUGAAGCCACCUGCGCCGAGUUCUUCUCGGUGCUAUGCCGCACGCUCUCCUAUGGCUGCAUCUACAAUUGGCCGCUGCAGAUUAGCGAUGGACUCCUGGGCGAUGAGAUCAAGUGGCUGCAAAAGAUACGCGAAAAUGUGAAGGCGACAGGCGAUACCCAAGUGCAUGAGGAGCUGCUCGAGGGCCAUUUGUGUUUGGCCAAGGAACUAAUGUUCUUUCUGCUCCCCGACUCAAAGGCUCAGCUCAAUGACCUGAUACAUGAGCUCAUCGAUGACUUUCUGUUUACGGCCUCGCGCGAAUAUUUGCAUUUACGCAAGCAAGGCAGCCUGCGGCAGGACACAGUGCCACCGCCAGUGUGUCGUAGCCCGCACACCAUUGCCGCCGCCUGUGAUCUACUCAUUGCGCUCUGCCAGCUGUGUGUUCCUAAUAUGAAGCUGCUCACCAACACGCUCAUCGAUUUCGUGUGCACGGAUACCGAUCCGCUGCGUGAAUGGGAUUAUCUGCCGCCAGUGGGUGCCAGGCCUGGCAAGGGUUUCUGUGGACUGAAGAACGCUGGUGCCACCUGUUAUAUGAACUCGGUGCUGCAGCAACUGUAUAUGGUGCCAGCAGUGCGUGUGGGCAUACUCAAGGCGCAUGGAGCGGCCACCAAUGACAACGAGGACUUUAGCGGCGACUCGGAUCUAAGCGCUGGCUCCUUUGGCACCUCAUUCUUUGCCAGCGCCUCCACUAUGCCCACAAUCUCGGCAACGUUCUCAACGGCAGCGAAUAACACGGGCAGCAGUGAUGAUAGCGUCGAUGUUCGCAAGAACUACCACGUAGUUAUACUAAAGCAUGUGCAGGCCAUUUUUGCACAUCUCGGCCACAGUGCGCUGCAGUUUUAUGUGCCACGCGGUCUCUGGACGCACUUCAAAUUACAAGGCGAGCCAGUGAAUCUGCGCGAGCAACAGGAUGCAGUUGAGUUUUUCAUGUCGCUGUUUGAGAGCCUGGACGAAGGACUCAAGGCGCUGGGCUACACGCAGCUGAUGAAUGCGACUUUGGGUGGUUCGUUUAGCGAUCAGAAGAUUUGCCAAGAGUGCCCACAUCGCUACUCCAAAGAGGAACCAUUUAGCGUAUUUAGUGUUGAUAUUAGGAAUCAUAGCUCAUUAACUGAAUCUCUGGAGCAGUAUGUCAAGGGAGAACUGCUCGAGGGAGCCGAUGCAUACCAUUGUGAUAAAUGUGAUAAAAAAGUAGUUACCAUUAAACGGCUUUGUGUGAAGAAGCUGCCGCCCGUGUUAGCCAUACAAUUGAAGCGUUUUGAAUAUGACUACGAGCGCGUGUGUGCGAUUAAGUUUAAUGAUUAUUUUGAAUUUCCGCGCAUACUGGAUAUGGAACCCUACACAGUUUCUGGCCUAGCUAAGCUAGAGGGCGAGGUGGUUGAAGUGGGUGAUAAUUGUCAAACAAGCGUUGAAACAACAACCAAAUACGAACUGACGGGCAUUGUGGUGCACAGUGGCCAGGCCUCUGGUGGCCACUAUUUUAGCUACAUAGUCUCCAAAAAUGCAAAUGGCAAGAGCCAGUGGUACAAGUUCGAUGACGGCGAAGUGUCUGAAUGCAAAAUGCACGAGGAUGAGGAAAUGAAGGUACAAUGCUUCGGUGGCGACUACAUGGGCGAAAUCUAUGACAACAAUUUGAAGCGCAUGCAGUAUCGUCGCCAAAAACGCUGGUGGAAUGCCUACAUGUUGUUCUAUACGCGCUGCGAUCAAAAUCCCACACAAUUCGAGACAAGCGUGGAGCAGCUGUCUCUCACUGAAAGUCGCAAUGUUGUGCUGCCACUGCCCAAGCCAAUUGAGCGUAGUGUUAGACAUCAAAAUAUAAGGUUUCUGCAUUCGCGUAGCAUUUUCUCGGUCGAGUUUUUUAAUUUUAUUAAGAAACUGGUAAGCUGCAGUAUUCCCUCGACACGCACCGAUAAGAUUACACCCGCUGCUGAGGAGCUCUCAUUGCUGGGCGUGCAAUUGGCAUCGCAAUUUCUGUUUCAUACUGGAUUUCGCACAAAGAAAUCACUGCGUGGACCCGUUAUCGAAUGGUACGACACGCUCUCCCAUCACAUACGUUCCUCAACGCUGGUGCGCAAAUGGUUCGCUAAUCAUGCGCUGCUGUCGCCGCCCUCGCGCCUGGGCGAGUAUAUAUUAAUGGCGCCGUCGCCAGAGGUGCGCACUGUGUUCGUCAAGCUGGUUGUGUUCUUCUGUCACUUUGCCAUCAACGAUGAGCCGCUGCCCGGCUACGAGGGCAACAAUCUGUGCGAGCAAGUGCUCAUAAGCGUGCUGCGUCUGCUUAAAUCCGAGGCAGCCGACUAUGGCAAGCAUUUGCCACAUUACUUCAGUCUCUUUAGCAUGUAUGUGGGCCUGGGCACGCGCGAGAAGCAACAGCUGCUCAAGCUGAAUGUGCCGUUGCAGUUUAUGCAGGUGGCCAUGGACGAUGGCCCAGGGCCGUCGAUUAAGUAUCAGUAUCCAGAGUUUAGUAAGCUGCAUCAGGUGGUGUCGCAUUUGGUGCGUUGCAGCGACAUAAGCGACAAGAGUCAAAGCUCAGCACAAAGUGCACGACCGCUGCCUAAUCCCUUCAAGGAUCCCAGCAUUAGUCAGGAGGAUCUAAUACCGCUAUCUGGCGAGUGCAUGGAUAUACUCUUCAAUCGCACGAGCUACAUUAAGAAAGUCAUCGAGGACACAAACGUGGGCGAUGAGGGUUUGAAACUGCUACAAUACUGCAGUUGGGAGAAUCCACAUUUCUCGCGUGCGGUGCUCACCGAGCUGCUCUGGCAAUGUGGUUUCGCCUAUUGCCAUGACAUGCGUCACCACACAGAUCUGUUGCUAAACAUACUGCUGAUCGAGGACUCCUGGCAGCAUCAUCGCAUACACAAUGCACUUAAUGGCGUCGCUGAGGAGCGUGAGGGUUUGCUGGAUACCAUACAGCGGGCCAAGACUCAUUAUCAAAAGCGCGCCUAUCAGAUCAUCAAAUGCCUGACGCAGUUGUUCCACAAGUCACCCAUAGCGCUGCAGAUGCUAAACACCAAUCCGACCAUAAGUCGCCACUGGAGCAUUGCGGUGGAAUGGCUGCAGGAUGAGCUGGAGCGUCAGCGCGGCAUUGGCUGUCAGUAUAACUCGUACUCCUGGUCACCGCCAGCGCAGAGCAACGACAAUACCAAUGGCUAUAUGCUGGAGCGCUCGCAGUCGGCGAAGAACACGUGGACCAUGGCCUACGAACUGUGCGCGGAGGAGGUGAGCGAGAAGCCAUCAACGGAUCAAGAGGAGAACAACGAGUCCGAUCUGGAGUCCAAUGAUGACAACAAGCAGGAGCAACCGAAGCCGCAAGCUCAGCCAGCGGCGGCGGAUGGCAGCACCAGCGAAGCACAGCAAACAGAUAAUAAGCUAUCGGCCAACUAUCCGCAGUUGAGCGCUAUACCAACUAUUGGCGGCUGGCCUGCACCUGCGCCCAGCACCGCCAGCACUAGUCCAGCACCGGCAACAGUUACGUUGUCCUUGGAUGGCAAUGGCAUACCACGCGUGUCACGUCAGCUCUUCAAUUCAUACACCUCCACUGCCCCAACGAGCGGGAGUGUUGGCGGGGGUGGCGGUGGCAGCGGAGCCAACAGCGAAACGGAAAGCAGCGCACAGGAGUCUGGCACUGAUUCAAACAUAAACGGCAUCACCAAUAGCUUGGAUCACAUCAAAAUCACAAUGGAGAAGCAGCCGUCGCACAGGAAAGAGCGAAAAAUGUCAAGAGCAAAGAAUGUGUUCGGAAGUGCAGCGGAAACGGUGGAAACAGCCAUCACAGAGGCUCCAACUACAGCCGCAGCUCCCAUUGCCGCACUGGCAACAACAACAGUGUCUAGUGUAACAGCAGCAACAGAUGCUGCAACAGAAACAACAGAAACAACAACAACGACAACACCCACAAUUGCAAUUGCAAUUGAAUCAGCGCCUACUACAGGAACUGGAACAAUAACAACAACAAAAACAACGGGAGCGGCUGCACUCGACUCGAGAAUAGACAAAAGCUUGAUAUAAAA